CUCCGGACAAACACUCAGAGCGAACGGAGGAUGGAUGAACUUUAAAUCCGCUGGAACUUUGUCCUCCUCUGUCUCUGUCUCCUUGUCCAUCAGUCCGUCUCCUCCUCCUCUUCCUCCUCUUCUUCAUCUUCCUCUUCCUCCUCCUCCGUUUCUCUCCGGUUCCAGAGGCGGACCGCCCCCCCCCCCCCCCCCCCAGAUCAAACCGACCAUGGAUUUACCGCCGCGGUCCUCCUGUCACUGAUCAGAUGUGAUUUCUUUUUUUUUUUUUGUUUGUUUGUUUCUUGCUUCUUUUCUUUUUCUUUUGGUUGGAGCUCGUGUUGUCGGUCGCGUCGUGAGUCGAGAUGAUGGCAUCAAUCGGUGAAUUCGAUCCUCUGAACACCAGAGUCCCCGCCACUAAAAUAGAAGUUACCGUCUCGUGCAGGAGUUUACUGGAUGUGGAUACUUUUUCCAAGUCAGAUCCUGUGGUCGUGCUGUAUUUGCAGGCGGUGGGAACCAAAGAAUGGAGGGAGUUUGGAAGGACGGAAGUAAUCGAUAACACACGGAACCCGGACUUUGUCAGGAAAUUCGUCCUGGAUUUCUUCUUUGAAGAGAAGCAGAAUCUGAGGUUUGACGUGUACAAUGUGGACUCCAGGAGCUGUAACAUCUCCAAACAUAAGGACUUUCUGGGCCAGACCUUUUGUACCCUCGGAGAAAUCAUCGGUUCUACAGGAGGACGUCUGGAGAAAACCCUCUCUGGGAUUCCAGGGAAGAAGUGCGGAAUCAUUAUCUUAACUGCAGAGGAGCUCAGUAACUGUAGGGAUAUCGCCACCAUGCAGCUGUGUGCCAACAAACUGGACAAGAAAGACUUUUUUGGAAAGUCAGACCCUUUCUUGGUUUUCUAUCGGAGUAAUGAAGAUGGAACGUUCACCAUCUGCCAUAAAACAGAGGUGAUCAAGAACACGCUGAACCCGGUGUGGCAGCCCUUCACCAUCCCUGUUCGAGCGCUCUGCAACGGCGACUAUGACAGGACUGUGAAAAUCGACGUGUAUGACUGGGAUCGAGACGGAAGCCAUGACUUCAUUGGCGAGUUCACCACCAGCUACAGAGAACUGUCUCGAGGCCAAAACCAGUUCAAUGUGUAUGAGGUCUUAAAUCCUAAGAAGAAAGGCAAAAAGAAGAAAUACAUUAAUUCUGGAACGGUAACUCUGCUGUCCUUCAAAGUAGAGUCAGAGUACACCUUUGUGGAUUUCAUCCGAGGAGGAACGCAGCUGAACUUCACUGUGGCCAUCGACUUCACUGCGUCCAAUGGUAACCCGUCCCAGCCCACCUCCCUCCAUUAUAUGAGCCCCUACCAGAUGAACGCCUACGCCAUGGCUCUGAAAGCAGUGGGGGAGAUUAUCCAGGACUACGACAGCGACAAGCUCUUUCCUGCCUAUGGCUUUGGAGCUAAGCUGCCCCCCGACGGCAAAAUCUCCCAUGCAUUCCCCCUGAACGGCGAUAGUGAUAAUCCCAACUGCGUGGCCAUUGAAGGGGUCCUGGAAGCCUAUUUUCAGAGCCUGAGGACAGUUCAGCUUUAUGGACCCACCAACUUUGCACCUGUUAUCAACAAAGUGGCAAACUGUGCAGCCGAAAUUACAGAUGGCUCUCAGUACUUUGUCCUGUUGAUGAUCACAGAUGGUGUGAUCUCUGACAUGGUCCAGACCAAAGAGGCUGUGGUCAAUGCGUCCUCACUCCCUCUGUCCAUCAUCAUUGUCGGCGUUGGUCCGGCUGAGUUUGAUGCCAUGGAGGAGCUGGAUGGAGAUGAAGUGAGAGUAUCCUCCAGAGGACGGCUGGCUGAGAGAGACAUCGUACAGUUUGUUCCGUUCAGAGACUACAUCGACAGAUCCGGUAACCAGGUUCUGAGCAUGGCCCGUCUGGCCAAGGACGUCCUGGCCGAGAUCCCCGACCAGCUGCUGUCCUUCAUGAAGAGUCGAGGAGUGGAACCCAGGCCGGCCAUGUCCACGCCGCCGCUGCCAGAGCUGCACCGCCACAUCUGACCACACGGUGGCCCCUCAGCUCCGCCCCCUCCCCACUAUGAAACUGUCUCUGUACCCCCCUCAUCCCAGACCCCCCCAUCUGCUUAUCUCCCCCCCUAAAGCAGCAGGACUGAGCUGUGACUCUCCUCCGUCAUCAUCGCUGAAGUUAAACACACCUAUCAUCCGUACGCUGCUGCUGCCGCCAUAGCAACCACUCUGCUAUUAGAACUUUUACAUGAAUGUGUUAGAACUGAGCUGUACACUGUAAAAAAUAUGGACUCAUAAGAACAUCCACAGCAACAAAUACACAUAUGUGUUUUUUCACUAGAUCUGAUGUUGUAUGAAGUAAAACGUAUUAUAAAAAGACCAUCACAGAUAGUUUAUGCAGCUUAAAAGUGGAAUAAAACUGAAUUAACUUCACAAGAAAUGUAGAUUACAACCUGUUAAAAAUGUAGUCAGAGUUUGAUCAGUGCUUAGAUAUUAAAAUAGCAGAUUUACUAAAGCUCUUGAGGACAUUUUAUUAGACAUACUUUAAAUAAUUUACCACAAUUUAAGGUUUAAUGAACUCUUAAAUAA